ACUGGAGUGCGAUCGCAGUAUGGCCGCCGGGGCCUGGAGGAGGAUCAGACUGUCGGCGAGUCGGCACUGGAAAAGCUGAGGGAGAGAUUGUCGAGAAGGGCCGGACGGUUGGGCCGGCCGUAGCGAUGACGGCGGCCGAGGCGCCAACCGGGUCGAGUUGGCCGAACGCACGGGCUGUGAGCAGGGCAGCGUGAGACCGACCCGCGAGUGACAGGAACGAGAACUUGUGCGAAGCGCGAGAGCGUCCGGGCGCUCGGACAAGAUGUGGAACAUGAUGUGCGACGUGAUGCCGACCAUCUCGGAGGACACGAUCAGCCAGCGGGGUGGGGGCCAGUUCGGCGGGGCCGCCGAGGACCCCAACUUCGAGCAGCUGAUGGUGUCGAUGCUGGACGAGCGCGACAAGCUGAUGGACAGUCUGCGCGAGACGCAGGAGCGGCUCGCGGACAACGAGGGCAAGCUGCACGAGACAGAGAAAGAGAGAGACUCUCUGCAGCGGCAGAUCGCGGCCAACCUGCCCCAGGAAUUCGCCACGCUGACCAAAGAACUGAACCAAUCGAGGGAGCGACUUUUGGAGAAGGAGGAGGAAAUAUCUGAACUGAAGGCUGAGCGCAACAACACUAGGCUGCUAUUGGAGCACCUGGAAUGUCUGGUGUCAAGACACGAGCGCUCCCUCAGGAUGACCGUGGUGAAGCGGCAGGCGGCGUCGCAGUCCGGCGUCUCAAGCGAGGUGGAGGUGCUCAAGGCGCUCAAGUCACUUUUUGAGCACCACAAAGCACUUGAUGAGAAGGUCAGGGAGCGGCUCAGGGUCGCCUUGGAACGCGUCAACACCCUUGAGGAGGAACUCAAUGCUACCAAAGAUGAGCUGCAACAGUACAAGUCUGGCGAGGUGACAAGGAUGGAAAAUGGUCACGAGCCCAGCAAAGAGCAAAACGCUCAGCAGCUGUCGGCAACGGUCGCGUCCAAACAGCAACUGCCAAAUGGCUCUGAUACCGACGCUGUAGUUGACCUCCCAAGUUUAGUUGGUGACCAGAGCGCUGAACUAACCGCUGCGCAGCGAAGAGUGGCUGAGCUGACGUCACGGGUUGCAGAACUCGAGGAGACGCUUUCCAAAGCACAGAAAGAGGUCAUCAAGCUGCAGGACCAGAGCGCCAAGCUGCAGCAAGACCUCAUGGAAAAUGUGGCGCAGAAAGAGGACCAGGAGGAGAGAAUAGCGACUUUGGAGAAGCGGUACUUGCAUGCCCAACGUGAGUCCACUUCGCUGCACGACUUGAACAGUAAGCUCGAACAGGAGCUGAAGCACAAGGAAGCCCAGCUAAAGCUGCAAGAUGAGAAGUGCCAGGCAAUCCAGGAGAAGCUUGAACUGUCUGAACAGAAGCUAGCGCAAUACGCAAAGCUGCCUGAGAUGGAAGAGGAGCUGAAGCAACGCAUGGAAGCCCUUACUCAGGUAAGGGCUCAGGCUCAGGAGAGACACGGCUCUGCUGAAGACCGAAUUCAAAGGCUGGAGAACAAUCUUGAAGAGAAGAAUGCGGAGCACAUAAGAGUGUCGCAGCGGCUUAAAAUGAACGAGGAACACAACGCAAGACUAUCUGCCACAGUAGACAAACUACUCUCAGAGAGCAAUGAGCGUCUUCAGGUGCACCUGCAGGAGCGGAUGCAUGCCCUGGAGGAGAAAAAUGCGUUGGCGCAGGAACUUGAACAGACUCGCAAGUUUUUGGAGGACACGCAAUGCGAGAAAGGAGAAAUAAUGAAGGAGCUGGGCAAAACGCGACUCGAGUGUGAGAAUGCUAAGCGCCAGAUCAUUCAACAGGAGAUCGCUUUCAAUAUCCAGCAGACUGAUGCCCUAACUAGGAGUCUGUCUCCAUCAACCGGAGAACCCAGCUUUGUCCGCAGCUCAAGCCACUCUAGUUUUGACGCACACUCACUGCCGCGAAGAGCACAAAAGGGACGUCUCUCUGCCUUGGACGACGACCCAACCAAAGUAAGCUUUGUAACAGACCCAAUUGUAAAUAUCUACAUUGUGAACCUGAAACAGGUCCGCACCCUAGCCGAGCAAGAGUGGGAAAAGCUGCAGCAAGCGCAUGUUUUGGCAAACGUGCAGCAGGCGUUUGAUGUCAGCGACGCUGAGGCGGAUGACUCGGAGAGUCUUUUCUCUGCCGCGGACAUGUUGUCCCCAUCUGGACACACGGAUGCGCAAACCUUAGCUAUGAUGCUGCAGGAACAGCUCGACGCCAUCAACAAUGAAAUCAGGCUAAUACAGGAAGAGAAGCAGAGCACUGAGGCACGAGCAGAGGAGCUGGAGUCGCGAGUAGGCAGCCUUGAGCACAUGAACCUGCUAGUGCGCGGUCGCAGCUUUGAGCGGCCAUCGGCAUCUCCUCCUCAGUCGGGGCGCUCAACCCCUCGCUCGCAUCACUCUCCCCAACGAGAUUACUUGCACAAGUAUCAUACGGCGCCAGCCGCCAUGUCACCCGCGCACUCACACCAGUACGCGGCCACCAUCAGUCCUGGCCAAAUGUCGGAAUCGUUGCCCGCGAGUCAGUUACAGUUGUCGGGUGCCGGGGAGCUUUCCAAGGAGGACAUGCGCUCGCUCAAGGACAACUCGCCACCGAUGAUGGGUGCCGGCGCCAUGACCUUGCCUGCCGGCGCCAGCUCCAACUCGCUCGCGGGCCUCUCAUCCAUCGGUGGCUCUUCCCUGGUCGGUGCCCCGCCCUAUGGUGGCCUUGGGCCCAACGCGGCCCGCUCCCUGCGCCUCGAAAGGGUGGCUCAGGCCCUCGCACAUAGCACUGAAGAACUCAGAAGGUCCGAACACUUGCUGAUGUCUCAAGACUCGCUGCACAAGAGCAACGUUCCGCCGAAGAAGUCAAAGGGGAUCAAGUCGUCGCUGGGACGGUUCUUCAGCAAGAAAGACAAGGGGAAGCCGCCGUCGAACAGCAAAGACUCGCCCAUGAUGACCUCAUCGACCGACGGCAUGCCCACCUCGCACAGUCUCUACGCGGACAGCGACAUCAUGUGCUCGAGCGACACCCUAUCGCUAGCGGGUGGCUUAGGCCAGAAGGGAGACUUUGAUCGUAGAAAGAAGAAAAAUAAUUUCUCAAGACACGAAUUGCUAGCGGAGGCGAUGAAGGCAGGCACUCCGUUUGCAUUAUGGAAUGGGCCGACGAUUGUUGCGUGGCUUGAGCUUUGGGUUGGCAUGCCAGCUUGGUAUGUGGCCGCCUGCCGCGCCAACGUCAAGUCUGGUGCUAUCAUGAGUGCCCUCAGCGAUACAGAAAUCCAGCGGGAAAUCGGAAUCAGCAACCCAUUGCAUCGACUGAAACUCCGGUUAGCUAUCCAGGAAAUGGUUUCGCUGACAAGUCCGUCGGCCCCCAAGACUUCGCGCACCACGCUUGCGUUUGGCGACAUGAACCACGAGUGGAUCGGCAAUGCGUGGUUGCCUUCCCUCGGCCUGCCGCAGUAUCGCACCACCUUUAUGGAGUGCCUAGUCGACGCUCGCAUGCUCGACCACCUCAACAAGAAGGACCUCAGGGGACAACUCAAAAUGGUCGACAGCUUCCAUAGAACGAGCCUUCAGUUUGGAAUUUCGUGUCUAAAACGGCUGAACUAUGAUAGAAGGCAGCUGGAAGAGCGGCGGAAAUCGUGCGAGAAUGAACUCGCCGACGUACUAGUCUGGUCCAAUGAGCGUGUCAUUAAAUGGGUCACUAGCAUGGGACUAAAAGAGUAUGCUAAUAAUCUGGUCGAGUCUGGCGUGCAUGGUGCAUUGAUCGCUUUGGACGACGCCUUUGACGCCAUCAGCCUUGCACUGGCACUAAAAAUUCCGACACAAAACACUCAGGCGCGUCAGAUCCUCGAGAUCGAGUUUAACAACCUGUUGGCGGCGGCGACGGACCGUCAGGUGCUGCCCGAGUCAGAAAUGCCCAAGUCCUGACAGCUGGGGCCGCGCAAUCCGGACGCCUCACCGUCAGACUAGCUCAAACCACCACCACCAGCCCUCACGCAAACGAUGGACACACACUCACUUAUAAGCCCACCCCACCCACCCACCCCACAGCAUAACCGCGACGGCGGUACAUGAGCUCGCGCCGUCACAGCCCGCGCGUAGAUGUUGUUUCUCUCUCUCUCGCUUCCAAUCCGAGCAGUCAGUAGGUUAACCAACCAAGGAUAAGCGUAGAGACGUAAUUCCCAUGAAGCUGUGAAGGGAGUUUGAUGGCAAAUCAUUGUUGUGUUGAAAAUUUUUAUUUUCUGGACAUUCUCACGGGUUUGUUGUUUGGCGUUUGAGUCAAUUUUGUACAUACACUUUGUCACUCUCGCAAACACGUUAUUUUAUCUUGCUUGGUGCCCCUCGAAUCAUUAUCAUCGACUAGCGCGUUUUUACGUGAAAACAUUUCAGCCACUUCCCCACCCGCCCACCGAUUCGGUUUCUUUCUGACUUGCAAUUUUUGUGUGAAAAUUUUAAGUUUAACCCGACUGAAUGGUUUUGAGCCGGUUUUCAUCUUGGCCUUGCUUAUAGGAGGAGGGUUGGAGGUGGCUCGGAACGCAUUUUUCUUUAAUUCGAUUUAGAACCAGCAUUGGUGCUAGUCACGUAAUUAUUCUUUUGGUGAAAUUUCCCCCACUAAGCGCGUUAAUUUUCACCUCCUGCGUUGACGACCCGUGUGUUAAAAAUGGAGAAAUAAUCACGCAAGCGAAACUGCCAGUAUAUAUUGAGAUAUGAAGUUCAUUUUUGUAACUGUUCAGUGUGCCAUACGCGAGCAAAUUAACGCGCGAGGAAAACACCCUCCACUACAGAUUACACACCCACACUCACACACAUGCAUAUAUCGAUGUUGAUAUGAAGAAAAACAGGGCUAAAUGUUUUAGAUUCAGCAGCAGCAGCAGGAAAAACAAAACGAGGCGGAAACGCGCAAAAUGGAAACUAAACUCUUAAUGAAAAAUAUCCCAAAAGUUAACAGAAACGUAAAAGGAUAAAUUAAACGCAAAAGCAAGCAAAAUACUCCGCUCUUUCUAUCUCUUGAUUAACCGAGCAUUCGUGGAAAGACAGCAGCAAAACCGGCGGCUUUUCUUCUCGAUAGGAAUUUUCUCAAGAGGCCACCGCGCCAUAUCACUCCUCUCGAUUUUUCCGAGGGGACAUAACAAUGGUUUGAACGCGUGCCUCCGCCCCCUAAAAUCGCUUUUUCCGACCGACAUUCCUUCAGCAUUCACAACACGCACUUUCCACUUAUUUUCGCAAAGAUAGGCCCAAUGAGAGGUACUUAUUUAUUAACUGAUUUUGUUGCAAAUCAAAACGAUUUUUGUCGACGUAAGUUAUAUUUCAUUUGCAUGUAUAGCAACUAGUCCACCAUUAAGUUUGACGGAACCGACGGCAAGUGGAAAUUUCUGUAUUGAUUUAAUUACGCUUGUCAAUCGCAGUACAACAUUAUUAUUGUAUUAUUACGCCCUUUGGAGGUGCAGCUAUUUUGGAUUUUACUUUCCACGCAGCCACCCACACUCUCAUACACUCAAACGACACAGGCAGUUACAGCAAGAAUCACAACCAAAGCAUUUUUUUGUUUAAUUUAAAUUGAGUCAUUGUGUCGGCAGGAAGAUUUCAUUUCUUUCUGGUCAGACACGAGAGCGUUUUGUGUUGAAAACUGCAGCGAAAUUUCAACAGAAACACUAUUACUUGAGACAUCAUGGAGGAAGACAAAAAUGAAGAUAUAAUAAUAAAACUAUACAUACUGAAAAAUAAAACAGAAAAUUAUGCGAUUACUGUAAUCUUUGUACAAUGUAUCAUAGUUGAAUCUCAUAUCUUACAAUAAAAAAUACUAAUCUAUCAAUAAA